AUGCGGCCAUUAGAAUGGUUGGAGAUAUUGGUGUUGUUCAACUGCGCUGCUGGACAGACUCAACGGACGGCUCGCCAGGCGGGAUACGUUUACGAGAUACCAAGAAUACCAUUCCCACCUCCUACUAGCAAUCCGACAACCUAUCAAACUAGCUCUACUCCUACGUAUGCCCCUUCGUAUCUACCACCCCCAGCACCGCCUCCAACACCACCGCCGCAACCGAAAUAUGUAGCACCACCGUCGCCUCCCCCACAACCACCUCCUUCAACGCCACCACCAACACCACGCACUUAUGUUCCUCCAACACCUCCAUCUCCAACACCUCCACCUUCACCACCUCCAACGCCCCCUUCACCUCCACCAACGCAACCAACGUACUCAACGCCAGCGCCAACCUAUCUACCACCGUUCGGCCAAGUGGAACCGCAAGGUCAAGAUUUUCGAGGACCCGCCAGCUUCCCGACGAGCACAGCAUCGGCACAGGCGUUCAGCGACGUCAAAGUAACCAGACCGUACUCUACAUCGGCUGGAAACUCCGCAGCAACUGCCCCAACGUUCACUUCACCAGCACCUACAACAUCAUCAUCGUCGUCUGCAUCAGCGUUCAGUUCGUCAGUUUCUACUGAGGGAUACAGUUACCCCAGUUCUACAACAACGACUUCCCCUGCUUAUAAUACUUCUCCAACGCCUAGGCCAAGUUAUCCUGCUCCUGCUCCUCAGCCAAGUUAUCCUCCUCCUGCUCCUCAGCCAAGUUAUCCUCCUCCUUCUCCACAGCCAAGUUAUCCUGCUCCUCAACCAAGUUAUCCCUCACCUCAGCCAAGUUAUCCAGCUCCUUCUCCAAGGCCUAGUUACCCUGCUCCUCAACCAAGUUACCCUGCUCCUCAGCCAAGUUAUCCAGCUCCUUCUCCACAGCCAAGUUAUCCUACUCCUCAACCAAGUUAUCCCUCACCUCAGCCAAGUUAUCCAGCUCCUUCUCCUCAGCCAAGUUAUCCUGCUCCUUCUCCAAGGCCUAGUUACCCUGCUCCUCAGCCAAGUUAUCCAGCUCCUUCUCCUCAACCAAGUUAUCCUUCCCCUCAGCCAAGUUAUCCCUCACCUCAGCCAAGCUAUCCAGCUCCUUCUCCAAGGCCUAGUUACCCUGCUCCUCAACCAAGCUACCCUGCACCUCAGCCAAGUUAUCCAGCUCCUUCUCCAAGACCAAGUUACCCUGCUCCUCAGCCAAGUUAUCCAGCUCCUCAGCCAAGACCAAGUUACCCAGCUCCUCAACCAAGCUACCCUGCACCUCAGCCAAGUUAUCUUGCUCCUCAGCCAAGACCAAGUUACCCUGCUCCUCAGCCAAGACCAAGUUAUCCAGCUCCUGCACCUCAACCAAGCUACCCUGCUCCUCGACCAAGUUACCCAGCUCCAUCUCCACGACCAAGUUACCCUCCUCCUCAACCAAGUUACCCACAACCUUCACCACCCCCUCAGCCCUAUUAUCCGCCACCUAGACCUAGUUAUCCAGCUCCACAGCCCCAAAAUAACUACCCUGCCCCCCAACAAACUUAUCUUCCAGCUCCCUAG